CAUAGAUAAAGAUAAAAAUUAAAAAUUAAAAAAAAAAAUGGCGGAGGUGGGAAGCAUCCAGAAUCUUGUAGCUGCUAGGCAGUUGUUGGAGUGUAGCUUGGAGAAAUCAAGAGCUUAUGCUUCUGAGCUAGACGAGAUGGGGCUAAGAUUGGAAAUGAUUAGCCAAAGAUUGCCAUCCUUGGAAGCCGCAGCAAGAUCCAUCUCUGUGCAAAAGAGUGCAUGCAGAGACCAUAUUGAUCCUGCCAUGGCACCUGCUGCCGCAGUUCUGAAGGUCUUUGACACGGCUCUUGCGCUUGAGAAGUCACUCUUGUCUCACAAAUGUUCUGAUGAUCUCUUCAACUACCUCUCACUCAUGAAACGGCUUGAACAAGUAUUGAGAUUUCUUGCUGAUAAUUGCGGGCUAGCAAUCAAGUGGUUGGAGGGCAUAAUUGAAGACAUGGAGGACAAUGCAAGCACCAACGUGAAGAAAUGUUUGGGAAUUCUACAAGAGUUGCAGGCCAAAGAGGAAUGUUCGGGAGUUCUUAGUGCCGCAUUCGAAAAGCUAGAAAUUGAAUUCAAGAGACUUGUGACAGAAAACAGCGUACCUCUUGCUUUGGCAACCUCCAAUCCCAAUAUUGCUUCUUCAUGCUCUGGCUUGCCAGCGCCUACCAUACAGAAGAAGCUGCAGGCAAUAGUUGAAACAUUAAAUUCCCAUAACCAACUCGGGAUGUGCAUAUCUGUAUAUGUUGACGUUCGGAGUUCAAACGCCAAACAGAGUUUACAAGCUCUUGGUUUGGAUUACCUUGAGAUGUCCAAAUUUGAUGAUCACAUAGAGCAAUGGAGUAAGCAUUUGGUGUUGGCUGUGAAGCACCUAUUUGAGCUCGAGUAUAGACUGUGCCGUGACGUCUUCAAGAAUAUAGGAGGAGGACCAGAUGUUGGAAUGAGAUGCUUUGCAAAGAUCGCUGCUCAAUCUGGCAUCCUUGCAUUUCUGCAAUUUGGGAAACAUGUUACUCAAAGUAACAAGGAUCCCAUCAUGCUCUUGAAGCUGUUGGACAUGUUCGCUUCUUUGGACAAUCUGAGAAUAGAUUUCAACCGGCUUUUUGGUGGAGAAGACUGCACUGAAAUCCAAAAACUGACAAGGGAUCUCGUGAAAAGGAUUGUUGAUGGUGCCUGCCAGAUUUUUUGGCAACUUCCUCUCCAAGUGGGAUUGCAAGGGCGAAGUUCUCCUCCUUCAGAUGGCAGUCUUCCAUGGCUGGUGAGCUCUGUAACAAGCUAUUGUAAUCAGCUGCUAGGUGAUGAGUACAGGCCACUCCUGGCCCAGGUUCUUGUGAUCCAUCACAGCUGGAAACAAGAGAGUUAUGAAGAGGGUCUUAUUUCCUACCAGGUGUGUAAAAUAAUGAAAGAAAUCGGGCUAAAUUUGGAUCGAUGGUCCAAGGACUACGAGGAUAUCUCCUUGUCAUAUCUGUUCAUGAUGAAUAAUCACUGCCAUUUUUGGAAUCUCAAAGGCACCAAGCUUGGGGAGGUGAUGGGAGAUUCUUGGUUAACGGCACAUGGGCAAUACACAGAUUAUUAUGCAGCACUCUACUUGAGGGAGAGCUGGGGAAAUGUUGUGACACUGGUAGUAACCCAAAAGGGCGCUGGUCAAGACUUGGUCAAGAAAAGGCUCAAGGCAUUCAAUGAGGCUUUUAAUGAAAGGUAUAAGAAGCAAUCCAAGUGGAUCAUCCCCAACGAAAACUUGAGGAAGAAAGUGUGCCAACAUCUACAGCAAGCAAUUCUACCUGUUUAUGGGAGCUACAUGCAAAAUUACAGGCUUUUGGUUGAACAAGAUGAUGCUACACCCUGCCCCAGCAAGUACGUGAAAUACAGCGUGCAAAAUUUGGAGAAAUUGCUGAGCUGUAUGUUCCAGCCAACGCUUAGUAAUGGAGACUUGGUGGAAUACACUGCAUCGGCAUGGAGUUUCGGGAAGAUACUCAACUCUCUGUUCCCGCUGAAGCAGAUAAGAAAGUAUGGCAGCACCAAACACGCACAGUGGAUGAACAGAAUCACUCUUACUGCUAUUUGACACCUUCAUUUUUGUUUGAAUUCUAAAUACACAGCACAAACAUAAUUUUCAGUACCGAAAACAAGAUCUGAUCUACUUCUCACAGGGAUAAUAGAGCGAUGCCCACAAUAUUCACGCUCUAAAUUCAACACGCCGACAGAAAACAAGACAGAUUUACUAUGGGUGCCCCUUAAUUUACUACAUCCCCCACUCGCACAUAGUGGGCACGACCCAGCCAUGCAUCCAUCUCUAUACCUAUUUUCAAUCAUGUUCAUAUUGGCUAAUAGACUGUGCGACCAUCAAGCACACCUUCAUAAAAGGUUGU